AUCACCAAAUCUCUUUCCCCCUUUAAACGCUUGUCAAAGCUGCUAUAGAUCGGAACUUGCGGCCUGCUCCCCUGUCAACAGUCAUUCUUUAGUUUACGCUCCAUCCCUCCCUCUCGUUUUCUUUUUAACCUAUUUAAUUCGACUUCUACACAUCCACCAGGAGGAUGCGUUUCCCAAGUUUGGCGAUGAUGGGUUGGAUGGCUCUGGCCUGUGGGCUUGUGAUCGCACACAAACACAGCGAGAAGAAGACCAAGGUCGUCUUCAGUUGUCUCGACGACCCCGAUGAAGAUUCGCAAUAUAGCCAAGCAGCAUGUGGACGAGCCAUCGAGCUCGAAGAUUCUCAAAAUCCAUCUUCUUCCCCCACCAAGUAUUCUUUUGUGAAGGCCAAUCAGGUCAGAAAAUCGAAGACGGAGUAUAACUGCAUCGACACCAACAUGGACAACAACUAUUGCUGUUUCGCAGACACGUUUAAAUUCAAAAAUAAAUCCGUCGAUGUGGAUGCCCAGACGGUCGAGGAGAACUGCAUCGUCGUGCCUGGAAACACGGACUCCAAACCAAACGCGUGAAAUUUCGACUGCGCCAACCAGUUAUACCACUCUUUUACAUGUUUGUUUUAUCAUUAUAUUUACAUCAAGACACUGCAGUCAACUUAAUAUUAUCAUGGAGACCAUAAGGUUGAUGAUUCACACUUGGAUUAGAUCUCAGC